AUGGGCUGCAUUGAACCCUUCCAUCGAGGGAGUUCUGAUCAAACUGCCCCAGUUGCAUCAUCUUGCUACCCAGGUAAUCCAUUCGAUUCACCCGAGAAGUGUACCAGCGUGCAGGAUAAAUGGUCUUAUGCAGCACUUCAUGCUGCCUGGCCCGAGAGCAUCGACUUCCCAAUCUACACGAAUAACUCCUGUGUUCCAAAGGGUGCCACUGGGUACGUCGGGGGAAAAGGCUGCAGUAUUGGUGGGCUACCGCAGUACAUUGUGAACGCUACGACAGUCGAACAUGUGUCAACUGGAGCGUUCGCGCUUUCUAUUUGGACACGCAAUUUCAAACAUAUCGAACGACGACAUGCUUGGCAAUGGCCAGGUCGGAAUGAAACCGACGAUGUUGUUGUCUGUGGAAGCGGCAACAACUGGGGCUCUGUUUACACUGCAGUUCACCGUAUGAGAAGAACUGUUGUUGGUGGUGAAGAUGCUACUGUUGGCCUCGGAGGGCUAAUCCAGAAUGGCGGUCAUGGAUUUUUGUCUAGCCACCACGGUCUUGCAUCGGAUCAAGUUUACCAGGUCACAGUGGUUACUACCGAUGGCAGGUGCCUCGUCGCGAACAGUGUAGAGAACAAGGGUCUCUUUUGGGCUGUCCGUGGAGGCGGAGGAGGCCAAUAUGGAGUGGUGAUGGAGUUUAUUCUAAAAACACACCCAGUUCCGGCAAAUGUGGUCAUGGGCGGCUUUUCUUUCUAUGCGGCUGACUCAUCAAACACCAGCGAGACUGCCUCAUGGAAUGCUCUGUCGGAAGUUGUUUCUUCGAUCCCAGACCUUAUGGACGGUGGUUUGAAUGGCAACAUCACCGCAUACACUAAGACAAGGUCAAUGGCCUUGGGUCUUAAGGAAGCACCACCCGGUGUUGCAGCGGUGAUUGGUUUUGUUGGUUUAAACAUGACGAUUGAUCAGUUACUGGUCUUUUGCAAGCCUGAACCGUUAUCUAGUAACUCUGCUGGGGCUGUCAGCCUGAUGACCAGCCGCCUGAUGGGCCGAAGGGAGUUAUCGGACAUUGCUCGGAAUGACUUGACGGAAUAUUUGCAGCAGGCAUUGGUUUCUGAGAAUCCAGAAGCUGGAACGAUGUUAUUGUUUGGAUUGCAAGGCGGCCGCGGGCCUGCUCACGUCCCAACACAUAUGCGUGGAAGUGUUCUUUCUGCUUGGCGCACCGCAUACGCUCACGUUUUCACCCUGGGAGCAUCGAUCAACACGACAAGUGAUGCAAGCGAAUCCCUGAGUGCCGCUGCAGACCACAUAAACUUUAUGAAGGCCCUGUUUCCUUUUCAUUCUUUCGCUCAGACCCUGACCAUCUACAAGAUUUAUCAAUAA